AUGGCGUGUCUAAUGGCCCCUCUCCCUCUCUAUGAUUUCGCCUACGUUCUGACGCCGGAAGGGCGGCUGCUCUUGGAUUACUGCGCAGGCGCCAAGGGCUUCCUUGCCAACGGAAGUGGUUCGCCGCGGGCCGGAAGUGGGAGGAAGAGCGGCUGUGACUGUGUGAGAGAGAUGGAGAUGGAGCCGUUGAGUCCCCGCGCUGAGCACUCAGGUUGGGGGGAGAAGGAGGAACAGCGGUUGUCGCCAGGGGGCCGGCAGCUGAGGGAGAGAGGGGACUGGCUCCCAGACCCUCCUCUGAGAGGCUCGCCCCACAAGCGCCUCUUUACAUGGGCUCAUCUCAUAGGCUGCCGUUUGCCCUAUAAGCUCCCUUCUUCCUGCCGAAGGAGAGAUGGGGACACGCCCCCCACGCCUGACUCCCCCUCCCGCCUCUCUUAGCUCUCAUCCCCAUGCUGUCCCCCGCCAUAGCCGCUGAGUAACCACUGCUUGCCCCCUUUUUUGUUGGGCUGCUAAGCAGGUUUCUAUGAACAUAUGAAGCCGCUUGUGAGAGGCAGUGUGGUGUAGUGGUUGGACUAUGUUAAACUCUGGAACUCAUUACCACAGGAGGCAGUGUUGGUUUUAAAAGAGAAUUAUACAAAGUCAAGCGAUCAGUAGCUGCUAGCCACAAUGGGUAUGUUCUGCCCCCGCUCUUAGAGGCAGUAUACCUCUGAAUAUCAGUUGGAGGUGGGGCGUGUUGCUGUUGCACUCUGGUCCUGUUACAGGCUUCCCAGAAGCAUCUGGUUGCCCACAGUGAGAGCAGGAUGCUGGACUAGAUCUGCUAUUGGCUUGAUCCAGCAGGGCUUUUCUUUUGUUCUUACUGAUGACCUGGGUUCACAAAUGUGUGACUGAAUCAGAUGUACAUGAAUAAGGCCAAGGGGUUAGUAUUUGCUUCCAUGCUCCCUCCUCUGUGACCAGUAUGGAAAUAUAAAUUGCUGGCUUUUCACCUGGCUAGGUAAAAAAGAAGAAGCCUUCUAUCAUGGUGGGCAAGGGAUAGAGUGAACUGGCUCGCUUCUUAACAGCCUGCUGUGUUUCUGGGCUGACCAUGGAGGAAGUGAAUUUUCUUCCUCUGUAGCUAGCAUAGAAACUUAAGUGGGCUGAUGGAGAAGACAGAUUGAUGUGUCUGUACUCUUCCCAGUUUGCUCAUUCAUCCUGGAAUUCUUGGUUGCCUAUGGCUACCAGACAAGUUAUUAAAUGCAAGGCUUGUGUGAGAGGGGAGGUGCAUUUUUCUUUUCCUUUUUUCACAGUUAUGUCCUCCAAGGAGCUCAGGGUGACCUUUGUGGGUGGCGCUACCCCCUUUAUCCUAACAGCCACACUGUGGAGUAGAUUAAGCUGGGAGAAAAGUGAGCUUCAAGGUUCAAACAGGUUCAGAUCCCUGCUCAGCUCCAAAGCUAUGCCAGUUUACCCUGUCUCAUGUUACAUUGAGCCUAUGUUACAUUGCACGCAUCUUCCCUCUCAACGGUCUUGAUACUACUUUCAACGUUAUGCCAGCCAGACACUAUGAAAAUGACACUGUCUCUACCUGGGUGUGUUACAGUUUACAUUUUGACAUAAAAUGCAGGGAUGGAUGAUACAAAAAUGAGCAAAGGGGAAGCACCUGAGGAAAAUCAGAGUGACAGAGAUGUUAUAUUCUGAGGGAGCUCCUGGUGGUUCAUUCCUUUGUUCUUAAACCAAAAGUGGGAUAGGACAGAGCUGCUAUGCUAGAUUCCUGGCAGAUGGGUUGCUGUUGUUUUCUGGGAGGGAGAGGGACAAGGUGGCAAGGAGGUGGGUGUGGUUCAAACAGUCCAGCGAUCCUGCCAAUGUGUUUGCAUUAUGCCAACCUCCCUGCUUCCUUGCUUACACCCCUCAUCUGGUAAGCAACAGUAUCCCACUAGCCAAGAAACUAGCCUAGGGGGGCUUGCCUGUCACCUUCUUUACACAGCUUUAGGUGUCAGGAAAAAACAUUCCUCUUCUUUGGCUAAUUAAACAGUCUAUGGCCUUUUAAAACUGGGGGUGGGGGCAUUGUUGUUGUUAUGCUAUGUAUUUUUGUGUUUUUAUAUUGUAAACCAUCCUUUGAUCUUUGGAUGAAGGGAAGGGUAGUAUAGAAAUGUAAUUAUUAAUAAUAGUGGCUUUGCCUCAGAUGGUGAACUGUGUCUGCUCUAAACCCAGGAUUGCAGUUUGUUUUAGAGGCAGAUGCCUGCGAGUUAAAUACAGUGGUACCUCAGCAGCUUCUUUUUUGUCAAGUCUUAAAAUCUUAAUCUGUCUUUACUCACAGUAGUGGAGGGACAGGUUUAAUGAAGCUAGGGUUGUUCAAGAAAGGCUUUCCUAAAGAUCUCUGUUUUCAUUAAGAACUUCAGAGCAGGUGAGAUUGGGAAGCAACAGCAAAUAGAAGCUGACCCAAGCUGAAGAGCAACAUGGGAGAAAGCGUGGGAGUCAAGAGAAGAUGGUGAGCUUGUGUAGAUGUAAGGAGUAAGAGAUUUGGAGUAAAGAGAAGAUGUAUGAUCAGAAUGGGGGAUCGCAUUAAUAGGGAGGAAUAGAAGCCUGAUGGUGGUGAAAAGUGCAGUAAGAAGCCAGUGAAGCAACUUGAUGUGUCUGGGGAGUGGAGAACAAUUCUGAAUUCUUCUCUGUCAACUCCUAGGUAUUUCUUCUCUUCUGCUUCCAUUUAGUCUUUGAAGACUUGAUUGCCCUCAUCUUCUGACUUCAGUACAUAAUGGUCUCCUGUGUUCUCAGGUUUCCAUGCAUGAGUGAAUAAGUCAAAGUUCAGAGGUGGAGUGCAGGUUUUUUAUGUAUAAGGUGUUAGGUGCCCUGUUAAAAGAUCUUGGGCAUUACACUUGGGAAGCAAUUUUUGCUUGUUAGAGGGUUUCUUGGUAUAUAUGGAAAGUCAGAUGGACCACUGUUCUUGUGGUGCUGGGUAUCUCCUUGAAAAAAUGAAUGUUUGAGGAAUGUGUGUAAAUGAUCACAUGAGAAAGCAAGAAGUGAUCCUCUGUAGGAGGUAAAGUGAUUUGUUUGCAUGAAUCUGCUUUUUGACCAGCUUUUUAGCCAGUUUGUUUUCACAGCUUUAUAAUCAAUUUGUGUUCAACAGCACAUCAAGGUGAGCUCCCUUUGGCAAAGAAGUCAUGAUGCUAAAAUAUCUCUUAAUUUGUUAGUAUUUCCCCGCUCUCCCCACUCUGGCUCAGAUUUGGCCACCAGCCACCUGAAUUAUCAGCUUAGUGUGCAUUCACAUAAUAGAACAUAUUAGAAUAUAAUGAGUCUGGCACUGGAGGUUCACAGGCCAUGUUUCAUUAUGUGUCAGUGUAGCAAGCACCAGGAAAUGUGAGCAGCUGCCUGGAGUAGUCAGGUGGCAGCCUUUUUGCUUGCUGCUGGUUGGGAGCAAGUGUAUUCAGAUUUAGCUAACCACCAGCACACAUUGUGCUGUUGCUCUGUGUUAUAGGUCAUAAAAUCAGCUCUGGGAAGUCACUGUGUUACUGCUCUUUGGGAUCAUGGCCACUGUCUGUGCUUUGGGAAAACCACUUUCAGCCUCCGUUUCCCAUCUGUAAAACAGGACUAAUAGGGUCACUGAGGGUAUGAAGCACUUUGUAAAAUAAAAAUGCAAUAGAGAUAUAGGGACUUCCGGGUUGGCGCCUCCGGCAAUGGCGGAACUCCUCCGUUCGGGAGGAACUUGCUCCGUGAAAAACAGGGUCUGACCGCCACGGCGAAGGUGGAGACCCAUUGAAAUCACAAGCGGGAGAAGCUUGUGAACCUGGGAUUCGGCUGGCACCUUUUGUGCCUCCCCUACUCGCGGGGAAACCCUGUUUUGGGGAUCCGGAGCGACGUGGGGUGAGUGGCGCGGUGCUUUGAAGUGACUGCUUCUUUCACGGAGUGAAGCCGCAUUGCUGUUGCCGGAGAGCACUGACUUUUUCCUGUGGACAAUUGGAUUUUAAACAACUACCCGUGAGUAGAACGGAAAAUUGGAUUUUUGAAUACCUUAAUUUGGCACUGAAGCGGGAAGGUCAUAAACAGGAAGUCCGCCUUCCGCUUUUGUAAAUAGACUGAAGCAAAGACGUUACAAGUUAAAGUCUUUGAAAGCUUUUGGCAAAGGAUUAAAUUUCCACCGGUUUAAAAUACAAAACCCCCCUUGGAAGCAGGAGAAGAGGGGGAAAUUUUGGGCCUAGUGAGCCUGCAGGAGAGAGUGAAAAAUCAAAUUACCACUGCUCUGAACCUGGGAACGGGCUGCCAGAUGACGUUUGGAGAGAGUGCAUUGACAGAACGGAUUUGACAGUUAGUUAAAUAAGAGUAAGAUACUGUUUCCAUUGUCCUCCUCUGCCUUUAAAGAAGAGGAAAAGUAACUGAAAAUUGAAACUAUCUUUAAUGCUUGAGUUGUGCCUGAAAGAACUGAUACAAGUGGAGACUGUUUCCCUCUAGAGGGAGCUUUUGAAACUGUUACAGGAGUGUAACUGGGGGAUUUUCAGCUGCGGAUAAGGAUUCUGAGAACCAGAGAUUGACCUUGCACCAUUUAAAAAUGUUGACAGGAGAGGCCAUUGUGACUGUUUUAUGUAAGAUAAGCUGUUCGCUGGGACAGCUUCACAAGAAGAUGGAUGACAUGACUUUUAAAGUGGAUAAUUUGGAACAGAAAGUGAAUAAUUUGAGUCAAAAAGCGAACACCAACACAGAAAUAAUUCAGGACUUGGUACAGGAAUCCAUUUUGGCAGGACAAAUGGUGGAGGAGAAGGAGGAGAAGGAGAAAGCUGCUGUUGUUGAACAUAAAGUAAUACAAGCGGGAUCCGUGGCUUUACAGAAGCAAAUUGAGGACUAUAAGUUGAGGCCUUUUAUGAUUGAAUCUAGGAAAAGUCAGACUUUGAGGAAUGGAUCCCGGCUUGGAUUAAAGAAGGAAAGUUGGAAAGAUCCCUCUAUGCAGGGAUUAACUGACUUUUGGGACAUGGACUCGGGCCUGGAGGAGAUUGAAGUUUUGGGGGCCUUUGGAUUUGGAGGAAUCUUGAAAUAUGCCCUGAAAUACUUUAUGGACUGUAGCUUCAACUAUGGAAAUUUGGCUGAUCUGUUCAGAAGGAAAAAAGGAUUGACAGGUUGGAGUUUCCCUGAGAUUUGCUCUUUAGCAUUAAAGAAAAUGAAGAAGACCUGCAGAAGGGACUUGGAAAAGAGUUAAGAGCCUCGGACAUAAGAUCACCAGGUUGAUGGACUUUAUGGAGUUGACGGAAAGGACUGGCAGAAUCCGAAACCAGGGAGAGGAGAUGGUGGAAGAAGAUUGGAAAAUUUAAAGUUUAUAUAUAGACAUAUGGUAAAACUAAUGAGUGAUAGAAAAAUGGUGGAAUGAUUUUUUAUGGGCUUAGCAGAAAUGUUAUAAGGAGUUAAGCAUAUAUAAGUAUUUUAGUUCUAAUGGAAAAUAAGGUUAAAAAAUACGUUAUUUACAAUAUGAUAGAAAAUGGAGAAAGAUGGAAAGGAUUUGCUGAAACAAUUAAUAGAAGUGGAAUACAAAAAGGGAGGUGAGAGGAGGUCGAGGAAACAAGGGAAUGAAAGAUAGAGUACGGAAAAGGGAUGAUGUAUGUUUUUAAAUUGUUUUUGUUUUGUUUUAUUUAGGGUUAAGGUUAGGGAGUGGGGUUUGUUUAGUUUAGUUUAAUGUGUUUAGUUUUGAGUUUAGGUUGUGUUUUGCAUUGUCUAUAUACUGUACUGUAUUGUUUUUUUUUCCUUUUUGCUUUCCUCCUUUGUCUUUUUUUCUGUUUUUCUCUUCUCUUUUUGUAAUCUAUAAAAGUAAUAAAUAUUAUUUAAAAAAUUGCAAUAGAGAUAUAAAAGAGCAUGGCUUUCAAAGAAUGGCUGAGAAGCAGAGUUAAAAAGAAAAUAUAAAAUAAGUGAUCAAUAUUGCAUAAGUUGCUUAUGGUCAGUCUGGGAGAUCACACUGAAAUGAUGUCAGUCAAAGACAUACUUGAAAUUAUACCCCAAAGAUAAAGCAGCAUGGCUGACACAAGUGUGGUGCAUCCUUAGUUUAGCAACAUUACAAACUCAUAAGAACAUAAGAACUCUGUUAAAUUGGAACCAGUUAAUCCGAUAACUCUCCCACUUUGGAGCAACAGGACCAGUGGUACUAUAUGUGUGAAUGGAUGCUGGCUGGGCCCUGACUCUUCGCUUCCAAAUGUAUUAAUAUAUACUACACCAAGAUCUUAACAGCAUGUACUGAAAUUGAGACAGCUAUUUUUCACUAGUUCCAAAAUAGGGAGAAACCAUUUUUCCGUUUCUAGAGGGAUAUUUGUUUCAAUAAGUGCAAUAAAAUAAAAAUUUGAAAAACAAUGCAAGAGAAUGGAGAUGUCUUCUAAAAGUCAGGUAGUUGUUUAUAAUUUAAAGUGAGAUAUAAUAAAAUAACAAUACAAUGAAACAUAACUAAUAGCUAUUAAAAGUAGCAAUAAAAUCAAGAGCAUACAAUGAGGCCAUUAAAACACUGGAAAACAAAGAAGCCUUCCCCCUUGGUGCCUUAAAACCAUCAAAUUUUAUGCCAGACGAAUGGACAGGGGGAGAGAGUUCCACAGAUGAUGUGAGCUGACUCUUCCUGGUAGCCACCCCCACCUCCCCUCCAAAGAUGGAGGCACCCAGAGCUGGCCCUGUGGUGAAGAUGUUCAUGAAAUCAUGCUUUGCUUUUCUGUGCAGAGCAGUUACAGUGCAUGCAACCUCUCUCCACUCCUAUGAAACUAUAACAUAAACAUUUUUUUAAAAAAUCCAUACAAAAACCCUGGUCAAAACCAAUCAUUAUUAAAGCACAGAAGUUCAUUCCAGCCCAAGAGCCUUCAAGAAAGGUGCACAAUUCAUACACAAAUCAAAUCUUUCUGCAGGUUUUUGUGGGGGGUGGGUGGGGAAUGUUUUAAAAAACCUUUAACCUCAGACAGCAAGACUCAUUUCCAUUAAAACAGGUAUAUGCUGAAAUGGAAACUGCUUUUAAAGAAAUAACCUCUGCAGAGACUGGGUCCAAAAAAAGGUGGUGGGUGGGACAGCAUUGCAAUAAGGAAAUUAAAGUGACUCAAAACGGAGGGGAAACAAACUACGUCUUUUCUUUAGUCAAAAGAAAUGGGCAGGUGAGGAGAAUUAUUUAGACUUAUUAAUAGAAGUAUACAGUACUGAGAAAUGAAUUCUUGAGUUAUUUUUAAUAUCUUAAUCUACAGGAUAACUGUAAAUACAUGGAGAGGUGCCUAAAUCAUUGCUUUAUAGAAGAGUUCAAUGCGUGCAUUGCCAUGGAUUUUAUCAGGGAAUCCUGUAUUAUCACAUAUCUAUAAUUUGAUUGCCUCAGCAAUGCAAGGUGUGGAAAGGUACCAACACAGUGAGCACCUGGUGCCCUCUGGUGGCAACUAGGCUACAGUGCAGAACUUGAAAACCAUUUCAUAGUUCUAUUUUAAAGGAUUUAAAAAAACAAAACCUGCCGUCUGGCUUUUUAGAUUUGCAUGCUCUUCUUGACAGGAGGGGAUAAAAAUGGAGGUAGAGAAGACAGGAGUAGUUUGUUAUUGAAACCAUUGACCAGACUAGAAAUAAGAAAUGUUGCCAGGCUUAAAUUUGCAUAAGGUUUUUUUAAAAAAACAACAACACACACACACUGAAAGAUUUUCUCACUUAGUGCUUCAGCCACAGAUGACUGCUUGGCUGUACGCUUGGUGGAAAAGCAAGCCUGCUUGAUAGUCUUUUGCUGAUGUGGUGAGAGGUUUUACUUCCUUUUUCAAGAGGGUGUGUCUUUCUGUCCUUGGGGACAGCUCUAGCUGUUUCAUCAUGUUGCACAAAGCCCUUCUCUUUCAUGCGCAGCAAGUUUCUGCUCUCUUUCCAUUAUGAGGGAUAGGAUGGGUAUGAAGGAAGGGUUUGUGUAUUACAACAACCCCGAGGAGGAGGUACAGUGUGUGUCUGCACAUAAAGACACAUUGCACACACACUUCUGGGAUCCUUGUAGAUGAAGGCCAGAUCACCAGUUGUUGGUCUUGAGGGCAGGUUUUGCCCCCAGCACCAAAACUCUGUUAAAUAGAGUUUGCUGUUCAGAGUUAGUUAUGCCAGUCAGUAGUAGAUAGGGCUCUCUGUGUCUCUUACUAAUGACAGCUAAACAAAUGCUGCUGAGUACCAGAUGCUGGCACAUACAGGAAGGGCUGUUGUCUUUGUGCUGUGCUGGUGAGCUUCCCGGAAGCAUCUGGUUGGUCACUGUGGAAAACAGGAUCCUGGAUUUAGAUGGACUGUUGCUCUGAUCCAGUGGGCGCUCCCCCCCCCCAUCCCCUGGUCUGCUUCUCUUAAGUGUAACUCAUUAUUUCGUCGUUCACCUCUAUGGGGAAAUUGUUCAUUCAAGCAGAGGCAAGUAAAAGUACACUGAGUAGCCCCUUCUGGCAUGAACGAUAAACCUUCUCUCUGACUUUGGUGACUCCUGCCGCUGAAUGUCAAGCCUGCCCCUAUUGCAUUGCUGUACCCCCUUCAACUCAAUAUCCCCAGGUUUUGUUCAGUGUCUUGGUCAGUUCAGAGUGCAACAAUAUUUCGUAUAUUUUGGAAAGUGGAUUGUCCAUCCAUCCACCUGCGUGUCUGUUCUCUAUAGGUUUGGCUGCAUAUCAAUAUAUAUUUUUGUGUAUUUCUAUUCUAAACAAAUUUAAUAAAUAAUAAUAAUAAAUCAUCCUGUGAUCCUCAGAUGAGGAGCGGUAUAUAAAUAUAAUAAAUAAUAAAUAGUAAUAAUAAUAAAGUAUAUCAUUGCCAAACUUGGCACAAGAGUUCCCAAGUUAGGCAACUGUCUUUGUUGGUGUUGGAUACUGAGUGCCAUUUUGAAUCAAAUGUAACUUUGGCAUGACUUUGUCCAAUUUUCAGUGUGACGGGUCCAAACACACAAAUUGCUGUAUCCAUUUAAAAAUCAUGAUUUAUUUUUGUUGUUUCUAAGAAUUCCCAGGCACUGCCAGACAUUCCCCACAGGUAUUUAUGUAAACAGGUUCCUGUUUAUGUCUGUCAUUAUGAUGGAUAGUGUGUGUGCAUGGAGGAAGCGUGCAGUUAAACUAUGUCAUUCCCUACCACAUCACAAUGAUAACCACCAGGAAAAUGGCUAGGUAGUGCAGUCAAGAGUUAGCUUUGUUUCUUUAGCUACAGUUAAAUCCCAUCUUUAUUCCAAGGAGUUCAAAGCAGCACAUGUGGCUCUCCCAUUUUAUCUGUCUUAACAACCCUAUUAGCCUAGAGAUGGGGACUGCCCCAAGGUCACCCUGCGUAGUACAGCAUCGCAGGGACCAACCAGAUGCGUCCUCUGGGAAGCCCAGAAGAAGGACCUGAGAGCAACAGCAAUGCUCCCCACUUGUAAUUCCCAGCUACUGAUAUUCAGACAUAUGGUGCCUUUGGCAGUGGAGGUAGAACAUAGCCACCAUGGCUUGUAGCCAUUGAGAACAUUAACCUGCAUGAAUCUGUAUAACCCUAUUUUAAAGCCAUCCAAGUUGUUGCCCACCACUACCUCAUAGCUGAGUGCAAUUUGAACCUGUAUCUCCUUUGUCACCCAGUGGUUAAAGUCUAGCCACUACAUCACACCUGCUCUCUUAGUCCAGAGAAUGAGUGUGGAAACCAUUAUUUGCCUGCCAGUGACAAACAUGGUGCAAGUAUUAUCCUGCGUGAUGUUCAAUUUAUUAUUAUUGAUUUCAGGUUUCAAAAUAUCUCUGUGGAUUUUCCUGCAUGGAAGAGAGUGGUGA